GAGUGAAACCGAAGCCUGGUGGGAGACUGCGCUGGGCAGCGGGGACAAAUCAGGACAAAUCCUUCAUUUUAUCACCAAAAUCGCCAGAAACCCGUUUUUAUCCUUCAAGCAGAUUUGACUAGGAUUGUGGUUUCACUCCGCGCAAUCCCAGCUCCAGGACCAGCGGUGCGCUCUGGCAGAAAACAUUCAUCCUCUUCCGGAGCUGGAGCUCCUCUCCAUGUCUCCAAGCUUCAGCCACCGCUGGCCAGCUGCAGGAAAUCUCACGACGAGACCGUUUUAGUUGACAGUGUGUGUCACGGUCUUCCCGCAGCAGCCCAGAAAACACGCAGGAGUCUGCCCAUCUAGUUCAGAGUGUUGCGCUGGAGAGGGGCGCGCGAUGGCUGUCCCGGUGAAAGCAGCGCUGCCUCUCCUGGUUCUCUCCGUGGCAGGCGCCCUGUGUGCAGAUGUGGAGGAGAGGCUGGUGAGUCACCUGCUGUCGCCGGAGCGAUACAACAAACUGAUCAGACCAGCUGUCAACAACAGCCAGCAGGUCACCAUUUACAUCCAGGUGUCUUUGGCCCAGCUCAUCAACGUGAACGAAAGAGAGCAGAUCAUGACCACCAACUGUUGGCUCACUCAGGGGUGGAAUGACUACAGGUUAAUGUGGGAUCCUGAUGAAUAUGAGGGCAUCAAGAAAAUUCGACUCCCAUCUCAACACAUCUGGCUGCCAGACAUCGUUCUCUAUAACAAUGCUGACGGGACCUAUGAAGUCUCCUUCUACUCCAACGCUGUGGUAUCAAACAACGGAGAGGUAGCUUGGCUCCCACCGGCUAUCUACAAGUCGGCCUGUAAAAUUGAAGUCCGGGAUUUCCCCUUCGACCAGCAGAACUGCACUCUGAAAUUUCGAUCUUGGACUUACGACCACACAGAGAUUGAUCUCAUCCUCCUCAGUGAUUAUGCCUCUCGUGAUGACUUCAAACCCAGUGGGGAGUGGGAUAUUGUUUCACUGCCUGGACGGAAGAAUGAGGACCCUAAUGACAUCAGAUACCUGGAUAUCACCUAUGACUUCAUCAUCAAGAGGAAGCCUUUGUUCUACACCAUCAACCUGAUCAUCCCCUGCAUCCUCAUCACAUCUCUAGCCAUCCUGGUAUUCUACCUUCCGUCAGACUGCGGUGAGAAGAUGACUCUGUGCAUCUCCGUCCUCCUGGCCCUGACUGUGUUUUUACUCCUUAUCUCAAAGAUAGUGCCACCGACGUCUUUAGCAGUGCCUCUUAUUGGCAAGUACCUAAUGUUCACCAUGGUGCUGGUCACUUUCUCUAUCGUCACUAGCGUUUGUGUGCUCAACAUUCACCAUCGGUCUCCCAGUACUCACACCAUGCCACCGUGGGUCAAACGCAUCUUCCUGUACCGGCUUCCCUCAUUCCUCUUCAUGCGGAGACCCGGUAGCUCCAACAUUCGUGAGAAGUUCAGGAAAAAAUACCAAAAGCAGAUGUAUUCAGACCAGAGGUUGUGUGGUGCGGAGGGUGGGACGGGAGGUUCUGCUGGAGUGGCAGAUUCCUCCUCAUCCUUCUUCAUCAACGAGGAAUCAGCCAAACGCUACGGCUGGAGAAUCAGGGAUUUAUCAGACGGCACAGACUUCAGGAGGAGGAUGACGCUCAAGAGAAACAUUGAUGUGGAGGAUGCUGUAGAUGGAGUUCGCUACAUUGCUGAGAAAAUGAAGAGUGAAGAUGAUGAUGAGGGGAUCAUUGAGGACUGGAAGUAUGUUGCCAUGGUGAUUGACCGUCUCUUCCUAUGGAUUUUUGUUUGUGUGUGUGUAAUUGGCACUGCUGGCCUUUUCAUGCAGCCUCUGUUUGAGAGUUACAACACUCCGAUUGUUGACGACAUGGAGCAUAAAUGAAGUCUUGGACGUUGGUUUCAUCAAGGCUCCUGAAAUUUUGUACAUUUUUUUCUCAAAACAAACUUUGAUGACUUUUCAAUAUAAACUUUUACAUCCAACACUCUCCAACCGUCAGCCCUGUUGUCUCGUCUGUUGUGCUUUGAUUUCCUCUCAUUGUCACUUCUUCACCAUUGCGGGAAGGGGCUCAUUUCUGUUGAUUAUUAAACAAAUAAAACUGAAAGGUGUUGCACACUCAUUAAAUCAAUACAUUUGCAGUGGUUUCUUGUAGGAAUAAAUGAAGGAAUGCCUUGAAUGCGCCUGAAUCAGGAAGUACAAGUCAGCUGGAGAAGAAAGUAGCUUUCAGGUUUUGGUUUCUUAUUUUCUGAUAUUUGAACAUUUCACCUCUGAUUGGCUAACAGCAACAUGACUAUGCAGACUGUUUGCUCUGCACUGAUGAUGUUUUAUCUCCACAAAUAACACAAGCCUGUUGUACUAUGUAGUGGAGUUGCUAAUGCUAACUGUUAGCUUCUACUCGUCGAGACGUUCUCUGCUGUUUCCUGGAUGCUAAACCAACAGCCUUCCCCGCUGUGAGUCAAGAUGGGUGAGUCCAUGAAUGCUGAGCGACAGUGUGACAUAGAUCUGUCAGGCUUUUCUAGUCCUAGAGUUUCACUGUCUAUGUUUAUCAGAAGCUAAUGCAGGAGAUAGGUGUAGGAGACUAUUUUCAUGUUCAGCCUGUAUGACGAAUCCAGAGUGACAGAUUAUAAUCAGACAUAUUAGAACAAAAAUGGUUUGAGUGUGUCACACCUUUAAAUGAAACGAGUAUCCGUCUGACCCUAAGACACUACUGUUGAGGUGAUGCAACAAUAACCCCUUAACUGCUUUGUUGACAGAAGUCAAUUUGUAUUUAUGACUUUUACCACAAGUAAAAACUAUUUGUUCCUUUUGAAUGUAAGACAAGUGUAUUAUCAAAACAUGUUUUUUUUCUUUCACAUGUAUGUAUUUUCACCCUCGUUGUUUAAAGAGAACUAGAUUAUUUUACAUUCUGAAACAUAAAGUGGUUUUGCUUCUGUAUCUAGAUGUAAUACCAAUAACUUGUCAUGAUGUGGUAGAGCUGGACCAGGAGGAAGAAAUGGCAGAUGAGGUUAAAAAAACAGCUUAAUGAAUGGCAGCAGAUGACACCAACAGGAGCAGCAUAACAGAAGAUGCUACAAUGAUCUGACAAAGGACACGUGCAAAACGGGGUAUAAAUACCCAAGGAUAAUCAGGAACACACGGGUAGGUUAACGAGGGGCUGGUGAGUCCAAUGAAUCAGGUGUGAAUGAGACCAAGAGUCAGAGGGGGUGGAACAUAACUGAACUUAUUUGGGACCAGAAAUUGAUUAACAAAACCCAAACAGAGAAAAAAAUACAAGUAAUUUACUCACAACAACUAGAGCGUCACACUUAGCAAGUCCCUAAAAAAUUAAAAUGAUGUGUUGGGAAAAAAAAUGUCAGUUUCUUGAACUUCAUUCAGCAACAUAUUUAUUGAUAAUAGUUGUCUUUAGAUGAAACAGAAUGGACUUAACCUGAAAUAUACAUGGAGAACAUCAUUUGGGACAUGUAAAGCAUGGGCUGCAUGGUAGCACAGUUGUUAGCAUUGUUGCCUCGCAGCAAGAAGGUUUGCAGCUCGAAACCCGGCUGCAGCCUUUCUGUGUGGAGUUGCGUGUUCUCCCCCUGCAUGCGUGGGUUUCCUGCGGGUACUCCAGUUUCCCCCACACAUCACAACGUGCCCUAUAGGUUAUAAAUUGUAUGUCGCUUUGGGUGAAUGCAUCUGCCAAAUAAAUAAACGUGAACUCAAAAGCAGCUAUGUGUUUAAAUCUGAAAAAAAAAAUCAGGAAAAAACAAACAUUUUAGAAGACUACUCCUGAUCAUCGUGCUUCCUUUGAAUGUUCAUCUUGCAGCUUUUUGACCAGAAGCAUCCAUUUAGCUUGUCUCCAUCACCAUGGAAACCAGCAGCAAUAAUAUUGUGUUAAAUUUGAUGCACAGUGUCCUGUAACUAAACAUCGCUUCACCUAUUGUUCGUCUGCCAUUGUUUUUCAUUACAAUUUUUUCUAAAAGACAUUGCUUGGUUGGGCAUCCAGUACUCAUUUUGAGAUUAACUGUCAUAAUGCCCUCAGCUGUCAAGGAACACAAAGGUUCUGUACUCCUGAAACUGUGUUAAUAAAAUUAAAGUUUGUUUUC